AUGGGCAUUUACGAGGAAUACAUGAAGUCAUUAAACGCAAUUGGUCUAGGUCCUAAACGUGAACUUGAACCACAAGUAGCUAGACCACAUGCUUUUGGAAAUCCUUUUAAAUUGGAUAAAAAGAAUAUGUCGAUUGUUGAUGAGGUUGGAGAAAUGAAUGUAAAUUCUGACGAGCCUUCUUCUUCCUCUUCCAUAAGCAGUGCUGAAAGAAGAGAACAACGCAAAAGGGAACGUGAAAAUCGUGCUUCGUCUGAAGGUCCGGGGAGUAGUGGACAAGUAAUUGCUAGACCUAAAAGAAGGCCGGGUCCUUUGGAUUUGAGUAGAUUGUUUGCUUGGAAAAAUCGUCGAAGAUCAAUGCGAAAUCAAAACAAUUCAAAUUCAAUGGCUACUGACAUUUUGGAGAUCCAAUCAGCCCCUCCAGAUGCCCAAGACUUUGAAGAACGCAAUAAAUUGGAAGAAGAGGAUUUGGAAGACCAAAUAAAUGAAGAAGAAGAAAUGGAAGAGAAGGGGUUUGAAGAUGAUAUUCAAUAUAUUGAAUUGGAUAAGUCUCAACAACAACAACAAAAAGCUAAUUUUUGGGGUAAUAAUAAAGGAAAUUCUUUAGAAACAACAUUGCAAGAGGCCGAUGAUUUUCAACAACCUUCUUCCUCUUCAAUGCCUUCACUUGAAGAAGAAGAAAAACAAAGAAUUUCUCAAAAUAAUCAAAGAAAACCUUUCAAAAGGCCAAGAUUGGAUAAUGGAGAAACUGAAAUACCUUCUUUCACUCCAGUCAUUCCAACAAUUUCAUAUAAAGAAUUUCUUCAAAAACAACGCCAAAUUCGUCAGCUUUGUAGACAAAUAGGCCCCAAAGGUAUUGUACUACAUAAACAAUUAAUGGAAAUUGUUUCUGAGAGAACACUUUCGAGGGAUUGUAAACGUCAAUUAUUAGAAUUGGGACUACGUGAAGCUCAAAUGUUUAAAAGACAAACAUUAAUGGAAUUAAUUAACCAAGAAUUACAAAAUCCUCCAUUUUUGUUGGCUGCUUCUUCUUCUUCGUCUUCUUCUUCUUCAAUUUCUUCUUCAUCAACUCAAAAUUCUUCCUCACCUUUUUUAGUUAAUAAUAUUAGACCACCUUUUAUAAGGCAAAACGGGUAUGGCGGAAGUGGUAGCAAUUUUUAA